AUUUCCUAGAUACAAUUGGUCAAUCAGUUUAUUCUUCUGACUAAAAUAUUCCCUUUUUCUAUUUUUAAAGUUGACUCGUUUCAACGUUCUCGUUAGAGUUUUUUUGUGUGUGUCCGUGUAGAAGCUUUUUACUUUUUUUUUGGCCGGGCACCUCCCCCUUUUCGGAUAUCACUGUGACGGUGAUACUGAUACAGCUGAGGGUAGUUUCAGCACUUUAUGUGUCUAUUUCAAAGCUGAUGGAAGAUUACGCUGGCUGAGGAACAAAGGCCACAGCUUCUCGGAGCAUCAUUCAUCAACGCCGACCCUCGACGCACUUGUCAGUGGCCUCAACAUGGCAGCUUACGAAAAGUUUGGCAAUUCCGAUGUCGAAAAAGGGAGUCCUAGAAAUUCCAUCACGACUGCAGAUGCUGCAGAAAUCACAGACGCGCAGAUAGAAGCUGGUGAAAAGGAGGAGGGGAAAGUUACGUUUUACGAGUUGGAGAACAAGUCGGGGGUGGAGUAUGCUGCUGACCCUGCAGGAGAUCCGUUUGCCCCAAAGAGUGACUUUGAGAGAGUGCAGCGAGCUGUACAGCGAGUCAUCGAAAACCUUUACUUCCGAGCUUUCACCGUCAUAUUGAUUCUUCUGGACUUUAUUCUCGUCAUCGUAGAUCUUUCACUGUACAGUUGUGCAACCAAUGACCAGCCUUUGGAAAUCAUCUCGCACAUCAUCAUUUGUUAUUUUGUCGUUGAAGUUGUGGCUCGAAUAUUUUAUCAAGGGAAAAGCUUUCUUUACAACUGGCUGGACGUGUUGGACUUUUUCGUUGUGAUGAUUUCGUUCAUCGUGGACGUGGUGUUUAUGGCCUUGUCCGACUCAGGCUGUUCGGGGAGCAGUAGAUACGCUCAACUGGUGGUUAUUGGCAGAAUAAUCCGAAUCAUCCGAGUGGUGAGGAUUGUUUACAUCAUGAUUGUGCAGCAUCGGCAAGUGGCCAAGGCAACCAGACAGAUGGUGUCCCAGAACAAACGGCGCUACCAAAAAGACGGUUUUGACCUUGACCUCUGCUAUAUCACAGAAAGAGUGAUCGCAAUGUCUUUCCCCUCCAAAGGAGUGAUGGCGCUAUACAGAAAUCCUGUUGCGGAAGUUGCUCGAUUCUUCAACACCAAGCACGGGGGACAUUACAGAAUCUACAACUUGUGUAGUGAAAGAGACUACAACGAAACUCUCUUCUUCAACAAUGUCGAGAGAGUUUACAUUGACGAUCAUAACGUGCCUAAGCUUAGGGAAAUGCUUGAGUUCACGGCAAACGCGCGAGAAUGGAUGGCGGCCGACAAGACAAACGUGAUCGCCAUUCACUGCAAGGGAGGGAAAGGCCGCACGGGUACCAUGAUCUGUACCUGGCUCAUUGACUGUGGCCUGUUGGAAAGUGCUCAGGAGAGUCUGGAGUACUUCGGAGACAGGAGAACGGACCUGAGCAAAGGAAGCACAUUCCAGGGGGUGGAAACUCCCAGCCAGAGUCGCUAUGUCGAAUACUACGAGAAAUUGAAGAACGAAUUCAACCGGCAGUUGCCACCGAAGAAAGUGUUGAAGAUCACGUCAAUCAAGAUUAUAGGCAUUGGCUCUGUCGGAGCAGGGGACGGCAGUGAACUGUUUAUGGAGCUCCGACAGGACGGACUUCUCAUCUUUGAAUGUAACCUGGGCACACAGGUCAACUGUGAGGUUUUAAAAUACACGGACGACGACAGCAUUGUCCUCAACUUACAGAACUGUCCCAACAUCCAGGGAGACAUCAAGAUCAUGUUCAAGACGGAAAGUAAAAAGAUUCCAAUUGGAUACGACAAGUGCCCGUUCUAUUUCUGGUUCUACACGUCGUUCAUUGAGGACCACUGCCUGGUGAUCCCUCGAGAGGAGCUGGACAACCCUCACAAGAAGAAGACCCACCACGUGUUCCAGGAGCACUUCGCCGUGGAGCUGCGCUUCGAGGACGUUCCCGAGUUAUGACGUUCCGAUCCUCACCUAUAAACGGCCUGUGUAGAUGCAGAAUCUUCUUUACGUAUUUAUUUAUUCAACUUUUUCAUGAGAUAAUUUUAGUUAUUGACUCCCUUUUUUUUCUUCAAUUUUUCCCCUUUUUGUAGUGUCAACUUUUGACUUUGUGCACAGAUAGGCGUGAUAAGUAUCGGUCGGUACAAGAUUGCUGGACUUACAUUUUGAAAGUUGUAAGUUCAGUUCCUUGCGUUGCUAAGUAGGACAUUUUAUCCUUUUGAAAUUAAAACGUUUUAUCAUCAUGAAGGUAAAACAUUUUAUCCUCUAGAAGGUAGAACAUUUUAUCCUCUAGAAGGUAGAACAUUUUAUCCUCUUGAAGGUAGAACAUUUUAUCCUGUGGAAUGUACUUAUAAAAUGUUUCAUCCUUUUAAACAUAGAACGUUAUAUCUUCUUGAAGGGUAUUUGACUCUUUUUCCCUCUCUAUACUCAGGUACAAGUGAGUACUUGGCAAUCGUCAGUGAUGCAAUGUAUUUGUCAGAGGUAACAGUUCACUCGUAAGAGGCUUCAACGUCAUUGACCCAAAUUCUAUUUGCAAGUGGGGAAAUGUUUAUUGAGUAUCUCAGUCUUUCUGCUGGGAUGUUUGUAUCCCUCCUCCUCUCAGCCUGGGUUGGUCCUGACAGGCAGGGUCAGAAGCCCGCCUCCCCAAUGAUCUAAAUUGUUACAAUUGUAUCAAUGGGGGUGUAAAAACACUUAUGUGAACAAAGACCCAACUCUCUGAAGUUUGAAGUCAUCAAAAGACAGGAAGCCCUUCUAAGCCGCAAGCGUUCUCCUUACUAAAAAAAUUACUUUAAUUUGUCAAAUGAAUCAUUGAGUCAUUCGAGUCACAAAUGCUCAACUGUGGGAAAGAACAAACCAAAGGCCAGUAAAGGAAGACAUACAGGAGAAGAAAUGGAA